UUAUUUGCAAAAGACAGCCUGUCUUUCUAUACAAUUUGCGCAAUCAUUCUCUUACUACGGGUCAAUUAAACAGACCAGACUUAUUUGGAGGAACUAACAUUGUUGGUUAUUUAACACGGCAGACAUCUUUGAGAAUCCUUGUUUUUACAUUGUUCUGCUUUGAUAUGAUGAAUAAUAACCACGCACAUAUGAAUGGGAAUAGUACUGCACAUGUGAAGGUGCGACCUGCUUCGCAUGCUGGAUCAUGGUAUUCUGAUGCUCCAGGGGAGCUCGAUCAACAAUUAAGUGGCUGGUUAAGGGAUGCAGGUUCAAAUGUUGGCUCGGCUAGAGCAAUAAUCUCACCGCAUGCUGGAUAUACUUACUGUGGAGAGACAGCUGCUUUCGCCUUCAAACAAAUUAUACCUGACAAAAUAAAAAGAAUUUUUGUCCUUGGUCCUUCUCAUGUUGUGUAUCUCUCUGGAUGUGCUCUAACUACUUUUUCAAAAUAUGCCACUCCACUUGGUGAUCUCAACGUCGAUUCUUUUGUCAGUGAACAACUUAUCAACUCUCACGGUUCUGACGCAUUUGAAUGGAUGUCGACGAGAAAUGAGGAAGCUGAACAUAGUUUGGAAAUGCAAAUGCCGUUUAUUGCUAAAAUUAUGGAAAGCCGCCCCCUCGGAAGCUUCAAAAUUGUGCCAAUACUUGUAGGCUCAUUAAGUACUACACGCCAACAAUUUUAUGGACGUAUUUUUGCCAAUUAUCUUGCUGAUCCAACGAAUUUAUUUGUUAUUUCUUCUGAUUUUUGUCAUUGGGGACAACGUUUUCGUUAUACCCCAACUGAAUCGGCAGGUGCUCGACCAAUUUACGAACAAAUUACAACACUUGAUAAACAGGGAAUGGAUGCAAUAUCAACUUUGGACCCUUCAAUGUUUAAUGAAUACCUCAAAAAAACUCAAAAUACAAUUUGCGGUCGAAAUCCAAUUUGUGCCUUUAAUCAUUAUCAACAAACAAAUAAUGUGACAGCAGAACUUCGAUUUUUGAAAUAUGCUCAAUCAAAUAAGGUUCGCUCAUUAACUGAUUCAUCAGUUUCAUAUGCCGCAGGUGCCCUUUUCAUUAAUCCGCGCAAUUGA